CUUUGCGGCUGUUGCGCUGUUGCCUGAAACAUGACUCAAUUGCAACUGCCUGACCUUUCCUACGAAUCACCUAGGUACCUUACUUACAUAAAGGCACCUAUUGACGUUCUACUUCUUACCCCUAUUUCAGAUGUCGGAAAAUCACCAAGGUUGGACUGGAAUCAGCUGGUCUAAACAGCGCGACUUGCGAUACCAAGGCAUCCUAUUUACUCCCUAAGGUAUCAUUCAGAUCAUGCCGGAUAUGAGGGACUUCAGAGACAGGGUCAAUGCCCCAGCGGCAAUGGGCACACCCAGUGAGGUUGAAAGCAUUCCAUCCGGUGCGCAAUCGGCAACGAUGGCCAGCCGUGAUAAAGCUGGAAACGAAUGGGUUUGCGCAACUCCCUGCGUCAUGCAGUCGAUAGAAGGCGCAUACGGCUUGUCUUUUGAGGAUGCGGCUUGUCUUGACCACGCGUACGCGAUGUUCUCGGCAAUGGCAGACGAUUUGCCAGCUGAUGCCCGACUUCUGCUUGUGAAAGUCUGCGUGGCCAUCAGCCUGCACGUCUUGAAGCUUGCUGGCGAAGGAGAGCAGGUUCCAGUUUUGUUCCGCACUGGCAGGGACCUCGAGGACAUGAUUAAGUCAUUUGCCAUUCGGAUCGGUUUCGAGGAAAACGUUCAUUCAAAUCGAACCAUUAUGUCGCUUGUAUAUGCUCGUCAUCGGUACGUACACGCAGGUUUUAUACACUUCGUUGUUUCAACUGACUUCAUGUUUCCCUCCAAACCGAACGCUAUCUCACUGCCGUCUUCUGUCUAAUUCUAGUGAGAUUGCUGCUCUAUUACGGAUUUUGUG